AUGUCUAACAACGAAAAGACAACCUCGACCGCGGCGACCGACCCGGACGAUGAACCUGAUGAUUGGGAUAAGCGCAUUUUCAGUACGGGGUGUGCAGCGGAGCAACUCACAAUGAAUGACUGCUACUAUGAUAAGAGGGAUUGGAGGAGCUGCAAGAAAGAGAUGGAAGCUUUCAGGGAGUGCUGGAAACGCCAGGGUAACGAUCAAAGGACGUCAACGAAAGAUGCUUGA